AUGGCCACCAACGAAGCACUUGGAAGUGUGGCUUGUCCACAAUUGAGAUACGAUGACUUUGACCAGUUUGAUAAGCCUGGUGCAGAACGGUCCUGGAGGAGAAGAGCUGCGGAUGAGGACUGGGACAGUGAACUUGAAGAUGACUUACUGGGAGAAGAUUUGCUAUCUGGCAAAAAGAAUCAGUCGGAUUUGUCAGAUGAAGAGCUCAAUGAUGAUCUUUUACAGAGUGAUAAUGAAGAUGAAGAAAAUUUCAGUUCUCAGGGUGUCACAGUUAGUCUGAAUACCACAUCUGGCAUGGUUACAUCAUUUGAACUGUCUGACAACACUAAUGACCAGUCUGGAGAACAGGAAUCUGAGUAUGAACAAGGAGAGGAUGAACUAGUUUAUCACAAAUCUGAUGGAUCAGAAUUGUAUACUCAAGAGUACCCAGAAGGACAGUAUGAAGGCCACGAUGCUGAGCUGACAGAAGACCAAAUAGAAUAUGUGGAAGAGCCAGAGGAGGAGCACCUUUACAAUGAUGAAGUGUUAGACAUCGAAAUCAAUGAACCUUUAGAUGAAUUUACAGGAGGUAUGGAAACUUUGGAACUCCAGAAGGACAUAAAAGAAGAAUCAGAUGAAGAAGAUGAUGAUGAUGAAGAAUCUGGACGAUUACGUUUCAAAACUGAAAGGAAAGAAGGAACAAUUAUUAGGCUCUCAGAUGUAACUAGAGAGAGAAGGAACAUUCCAGAAACUUUGGAGCUUUCAGCAGAAGCCAAAGCUGCAUUGCUUGAAUUUGAAGAAAGAGAGCGCCAGCAUAAACAGGGGCGCUAUGGCUCCAGGCGGGGAGGACGGAGAGGAGGCUCUCUCAUGUGCCGUGGAAUGGGAGACCAGAGGAGAGAGAGCAGUGAGAGGGCAAGAAUGAAGGAUCACAGACCCGCUCUGCUUCCCACGCAGCCUCCUGUUGUGACUCAUUCUCCAAGAUUAAUUCCUCCGCCACAGCCACAGCCUCCCCCUCCACCGCCGCCGCCCCCUCCUCAGCAGCAGCCGAUCAGAAGUUUGUUCCAGCAGCAGCAGCUGCAGCCUCUGCUCCCCUUGCAGCACCCGCACCACCCCUCCCCGCCUCAGGGGAUGCACAUGCCUCCCCAGAUAGAGACCCCGAGAAUAAUGAUGACCCCUCCACCCGUGACACCUCAGCAGCCUAAGAACAUCCAUAUCAAUCCACACUUCAAAGGGACGGUGGUCACUCCUGUUCAAGUGCCCUUGCUGCCAGUUCCAAGCCAGCCAAGACCUGCCGUGGGACCCCAGAGAUUCCCGGGCCCUCCAGAAUUUCCACAGCAUACACCUGGACCUGUUCCUAACAAUUUUAGCCAGCCCCCACGACUUCCUCUCCAGGAUCAGUGGAGAGCCCCACCCCCGCCUCAGGAGCGAGACCCCUUCUUCUUAGGAGUUUCAGGUGAACCAAGGUUCCCGAGUCAUCUUUUUUUGGAACAGCGAAGUCCUCCUCCACCACCACCUCCUCCCACGCUUCUUAACAGUAGUCAUCCUGUUCCUACUCAGAGUCCUUUACCUUUCACUCAGCCCGGACCAGCAUUUAAUCAACAAGGACAGCAGCCAGUGUUCCCAAGAGAGAGGCCUGUGAGACCAGCCCUGCAGCCUCCAGGUCCAGUGGGGAUUCUGCAUUUUAGCCAGCCAGGGUCAGCGACCACACGGCCUUUCAUUCCUCCUAGACAGCCGUUCCUGCCUGGCCCGGGACAGCCGUUUCUGCCCACGCAUGCACAGCCUAGCCUGCAGGGGCCCUUGCACCCUCCAUUGCCACCUCCACAUCAGCCUCAGCCGCAGCAGCAGCAACCCCAGCAUCAGCAGCAGCCCCAGCACCACCAGCACCAGCCCCCGCUGCAGCCUCCGCACCAGCCUCCCCCUCAGCAACUGCCUCCCCCACAGCAUCCGCCGCCCCCCCAGCACCAGCCGCAGCAGCACCAGCACCACCACCACCUUCCCGCCCCUCCGCCUCCCCUGAUGCCCAUGUCCCAGCCACAGUUCAGGCCGCACGUGCAGACUGCUCAGCCGCAGCCAAGCAGCAGUCGGAUGCAGUGCCCCCAGCGCCAGGGGCUGCGGCACAAUACAACAUCUCAGAAUGUAACCAAACGGCCAAUGCAGCAAAUGCAGCCUACUGCUCCAAGAAACAGUAAUUUGCGUGAAUUACCCAUUGCACCCUCACACGUUAUCGAAAUGAGCAGCAGUCGCUGCUCCUCCACGCCCGCAGCCCAAGUGAAACCUGUCAUCAGCAUGUCACCACCUGCGAGGGCUGUGGUGGCCUCCAGGAGCUCACAGGGCAAGGCUGAAGUAAAAGUCAAGCCAGCUAGCCCUAUGGCUCCACCUAAAGAAGAAGCAAAAGCAGAACCAGAGGCAGUCUUAGCAAAAACCGGAUCUGCACCCGCCUCAUUCCAGGCCCUGUUCCUUCUCUUUGCAGAGCCCUUUCUUCCAUUAAAUGGUCUUCAAAAGAUGGCUCGCACUGGGGGAGGAAUGUUAGUGGAGCAGAGAGUGAACAGCCUGCUGCUGUGUUGCUUUCAGCAGGGAGGAGAGAGCGACGGCUGUUUUCACCCAGACGGCCAGCCCCCACGACUCCCUCAGCCUCCAGAAGAGAGAGCGCAGCCCGCCCGCAAGGUGACUCUGACCAAGGGGGGCCUUCAGCAGCCCCAGCACCUGCCGGUGGUGCCCCACAUGCACUCGGCUGUUCCUCCAGGGAUCAAAAGCAUCCAAGGAAUUCACCCGGCAAAGAAGGCCCUCAUGCACGGACGAGGCAGAGGAGUGGCAGGUCCCAUGGGCCGGGGGCGCCUGAUGCCCAACAAACAGAAUCUGCGGGUGGUGGAAUGCAAGCCGCAGCCCUGCGUGGUGUCUGUGGAGGGUCUGUCAUCGUCCACGACCGAUGCCCAGCUGAAGAGCCUACUGAUGUCUGUGGGACCCAUCCAGAGUUUACAGAUGCUUCCCCAGCAACGGAAAGCCAUAGCUAAGUUCAAGGAACCAGCCCAUGCAUUAGCAUUUCAACAGAAAUUCCACAGGCAUAUGAUAGAUUUGUCCCACAUAAAUGUGGCCCUGAUUGUGGAGUGAUUUCCAACAAGAGAGUCUGACCUUCUGCUAUACACACACUGUGGAAUUUCUUCAAGGAAGCUGCAGCCGGCACAGGAUCCCUGGGAGCUUAGGGCUCUCCAGUCUACAGUCUUGCCGUAACUGUUGUCUGAGCGCCAGCCAGCCACAGGGUUGAUUCCAGAAGAGCUGAAUUUACAGGACACAGCAAGUCAGAGUUUGAUGUUAGAUUGCUUCAAAUUCUGUUGUCACCACGGAGAACUCCAGUUUUUCAUUUUCUUUUGUUUUCAAUGUGCUUAAUAUGCAUGUAGACGUUGUUCUUCGUGAUCUUGCUGUAUGAUUGAUCACAGUGACUUAGGUUCAGGAAAGAACAUUAGUGUCACAAAUUCUAAGUAUUUUUCACAGCAAAGAAUAUUUGAUAAUGGUUGCACUUAUCUUCAGUGCAGGCUAGAAAAUAGUUUUCUCAACCAGGCUUAACUUGUCUUCUCAGAAAGCCCUCAAAAGGCUCUUGUAAAAAUGUAGAUUGAAAUUUGGGUGAUUAUUGAUUGACUUGCAUAUCCUGGAAAGUCAGGGUAGGAAUGGGUGGGUGGGAGUGGUCCAAUUGAAGGGGCAGAUUCUGCUUCUUGUAAAUAUUUCACAAGCGCCAGCUGUGUGUUCCUAGUCCCAAGGUGCACUACCUGCUCCUUUUCACACUUCCUGAGUGUGGCGAACUAGCCAGGCAGGCACCACCACACUUCUGUGGCUCAGCGGAGGGCGUUUGCUAUCCUUUCAUCCAGCAGCUCUCUGACCCGGUUUCCUACCCUGCAAGAUUGAGGAACAGCUUGAAGGUUGAACAGACCUAUUUGGUUUUUUUCCUCUUUUUAAAUCCAGCCCAAGGUGGCAUAUUUGUGUCACUGGCUCUGUGAUGUAUAUAACAUUCUUUGGGAAUCUGUUUAUCAUUGCUUUGAUUGACACCCCCCCCCCCC